GUAGAGGGACAUUAUGUGUACCUGGAUGUAGUCUACAUGCUGUGUGUGUUAGUGACCAUCACGUCACACAGGACAUCUGCUGUCUCCCAGGAGCUGCAGCCCAGACACAAUGUGCAACUCUCCAAGCGAGGUCUUAGUUUUUGGUGCCACAGAGACAAGAAUAUAUGAAGCUUUUUGCCUUUUUUUUUAAAGGAAUAAUGCUCCUUUCUGCUAAGUUUGAGGCUUACUGUACAUGCGUGGGCAAGAUUUUGGCUGCAGCAGUAACAGAAGCAGCAGGCUGACCUCCUGCAGGGCACACAUUGCUCUUUGGACGGCUGCUUACUUCCUUAGCAGAGGGGCUGCUGGCACCUGAGCAGGCAUGAAACCUGAAGAGGCGGAGCUUAUCACUGAAAUAGCCAAGCUGCAGGGCAUGGUCUCGGAGCUGAAGGCGGGCUUCACGGGGGCCCUCCUGGAGCUGGCCCAGAUCCAACACGGAGACUCGUCCCUGCGCCAGGAGCUGGAGGAGAACAAGCGGCGUUGUCAGAAGCGAGCGUCACGCCUGGAGACUCUGGUGGAGUCGCUGCGGGAGGAGUUUGGCGUGAUGCGCGGCCAGGUGUUGCAGAUGUGCGGCGACACACAGCGACCUCUGCUGGAGCAAGACGGCACUGCGGCCAAAGAAAGCCAGCCGGCGGGGGCGUCCGGUGGGCGGAGCCAGCCCGAGGCCACACCCGCGGGAGCAACGUGGUCGCCAUGCCGAGGCAAAGUUCUGCUGCACUGCUUCCUGCAAGGUCUCAAAGCUGGACUCACUGAGGGAACAGACGCUCGACAGCAGGUGGCGCUGCAGCUCCUCCACUCGGAGUGGGAAUACGUGUCCACGCUGACCGCGCUCUACGACAAGUACAAGCCGCCGUCGACCAGCAGCUCACGCGAGGCGUUCGGGACGUGUGUGGAGCGGCUGCUGCAGCGCCACCUGCUGUUCAGGAACAGCCUGCAGGAGCGACUGUCAGCCCAGCACUGGAAGUCCCUGCUGGGCGACAUCCUGGUGCAGCUCGUCGGACAAAACGACGUACGCAAGUUCCGUCACAAUUAGAGAA